UUUGUAGGACGCACCGCUAUCGCUAUCGCUACCCAAACCAAUGUAACGUUAGCUCUAGCUAACGUGUAACAUUAACUGUCAAUGUUGGUUGUUGCUGCUUGCUGGCUGGUUGUUUCAGGCAAUGUUAUGGAUUGAUAUUUAGCGAUAGAUGGCUCAUUUAAGCAGUGUUAGUCGAGCAAUUCGAGUUAAUCCAGGUUUCUUAAAAUGUUACUGUAUCAGUUUCAAAUAAUUUGCUUUGGAACCGAUUUAACUAGCUAAGACAUUAACUUACUAUCAUAUGAUAGCUUGGCUUGGAUAGCCAGCUAGCUAACUACUAACGUCAGUCAUAUUUUAAAUAAUUUUGCAACCUUAGUAUGCUCGCUAACUAGCCUAACCCUAAUUCUGGUCAUGGAAACCGGUAGCAGGAAUAUUUUUAUGACAGACGUGGCAUAAUUUACUAGCCAGUAUGAAAGUUAGCGUUAGCAGCUACAAGCAACAAUAUGGGAUUCUGAGGAGCGCUUUGCCUUCCUGGCCGAAUGGUACGACCCCAGCGCGGCGCUCCUGCGGCGCUACCAGCUGCUGUUUUACCCCAGAGACGACUCUGUGGAGAUGUUUGACAUGAAGAACCAGCGCACCUUUCUGCGGAGGACGAAAUACGACGAGCUUCACCUAGAAGACCUUUUUGUGGGCAACCGCAUUAAUGUGUUCUCCCGUCAGCUUAAUCUGAUUGGCUACGGGGACCAGUACACAGCCAACAAACUGGGAAGCAAAAAAGAAAGGACAUUGGCCAUGAUCAAGCCAGAUGCAGUCACCAAAGUGGGAGAUAUAAUACAGUUGAUUUAUGAAGCCAACCUUAUCAUCACAAAAGCCAAGAUGACAAAGUUGACUUGGAAGCAGGCGGCAGACUUUUACACGGAACAUCAGUCAAAGUCUUUUUUCAAUAACCUGCUGCAGUUUGUGACCUCUGGUCCGGUCAUCGCCAUGGAGCUGAUGGGCGACGAAGCUGUGUCUGUCUGGCGGAAGCUUCUAGGCCCGACAGACUCCUCUGUGGCACGGAAAGAGGUGGUGUCCAGCCUGCGUGCUCAGUUUGGCACAGAUGGCACCAGAAACGCCGCACACGGUUCUGACUCGCUGGCAUCUGCUGCGAGGGAACUGGAAUUUUUCUUCCCAUCCACAGCUGGCCACGGACCCCCUAACACAGCCAAAUACACAGACAGCACAUGCUGUGUCAUCAAGCCACACGCCAUCUCCGAGACCUUGACCGGAAAAAUCCUGGGAUCCAUCAUCGAUGCAGGUUUUGAAAUCACAGCGUUGCAGAUGAUCAACAUGGACCGUGCCAACGCUGAAGAAUUCUUUGAAGUUUACAAAGGGGUUGUGACGGAGUACACGGGGAUGGUGGCGGAGCUCUGCUCCGGACCGUGCAUGGCUCUGGAGAUUCACGCCUCAGAUGCAGCCAGAGCCUUCCGACAGUUCUGUGGACCAGCCGACCCGGAGAUCGCUCGACACCUCCGACCCAGUACUUUAAGAGCGUUGUACGGCAAGAACAAAGUUCAGAACGCUGUCCACUGCACAGACUUGCCUGAGGACAGUGUCUUGGAGGUACAAUAUUUCUUCAAGAUUUUAGAUGGAUGAUUGUUUGUUUGUUUGUAAAAGCUAUGUAAAUAAAAACAAAAAUUGAGUCUGA